AUGCUCCAGUUUGCUGCGGCUUUUCGCCCUUGGCAGUGGUCCUGCAAUCCAGAUCCAAGAGUUGCAGCUCUGAAUCCAAUAGUUCAGAAGAAUGAAGAUUUUCAGGGAGAUAGAGGUGGUGGUGGUGACAAAGAAAAGAAGAAAAAGGAAACCAUUCUCGAUCUCUCCAAAUAUCUGGAAAAGGCUAUCAGGGUCAAGCUUAGUGGUGGAAGGGAGGCCAGUGGAAUUUUGAAGGGUUUUGAUCCACUCCUGAAUCUUGUGUUAGACGACACUACAGAAUUCUUGCGAGACCCCGAUGAUCCAUACAAACUCACAGAGGACACCAGAAGCCUGGGGCUGGUUGUGUGUAGAGGGACUUCAGUUGUGUUGAUAUGCCCAUCAGACGGUAUGGAGGCAAUCGCAAAUCCUUUCAUUCAGCAGGAGGGGUGAACAUUUAGGGCAGAAUAUAUUGUGUGGAUGAGACAUGGCCUGAGUUUAUCUAUUGGACUCAGGAUUAUAGGAAACAUUGUGUUAUAUAAAUUGUGUUAAAAGAAUUGGAAAUUGUGAAACACUUGAUUCGAAACGAUACAUGGUAAUUUUGUUAUGGAGGACUUUGAGGCUAUGAAGUGCAUAAUUGUUAAAAUUGUGUUUUUAAAGUGCUUAAUUUGAGUGGAUUCAUGUUAAUUUUGUUUUGAAAUAGUUUGACACUUAAUUUGAGUGGAUCCAACAUGUUAACAUUGUUUUGAAUGACUUAGAAAACUAUGAAGUUCAUAAUUUAAGUGGAUUUGGUUAAAAUUUGUUUGAAUGACUUUGAGACAAUUAUAUGGUUGUUUGUGAAUUGAAUAAAACAAAACAUUGCUGAAAGCUGGCGUAUUUAACCAACUUUCUACAUUGAAUAUCAACUAUAAGGAUGUAUAUAUCAUGUGCUUCAAUUUAUUCAUUACUGUGUCCAAACUGUAACAAUAAAUAUAGUCUAGAUAAGACUAAGUGCUUUCAAUGCAGGUGUGAUACUUAAUUCGAGACUUGUUUAGGCCUUGGGCCAUGAUUACGAACAGUUUCAAGUCCAAGUCUAGACUCAGGCUCAGAAAAGCGUUUUUAUAAAGGAACAAAAAUCAUAUUUAUUUCAUUUCUUUUACAAAAAUGUAUGUAAAUAAAGGUAAAACAUUCAAAUAUUAGUAUAUUUCAACAUAUUUUACCAUCAAUACUCUGAUAGAAGGAAAGUUACAAUGAAAUGAAGUUUUGCCAUAAUGAAUCUUGAGUCUGAACUCAGACUUGAGACUGUUCGUAAUCACUGCCCCUGGGCUGGUAUUCACGAAUGUUCUGAGUCUGGAUUUGAGACUCUGACUCAGAAAAGCUAAAUUUUGUUGUAAACAUACUAUUAUAGGACCAAAGACAGA